AUGCCCGAGCACAGCGCUGCACGCGACAGCCGCGCGCUCCGGCCGGUCCCGCCACGUGGGAUGGCGCAGUUCGGAUACGGUACGCCAUCACUGUACGGGAGAUCGGGAGCGUUACCGGGACACAUGGGUAUGGGCAGCAAGGCCGCGGGAAUGCGGAGGUUAGCAGCUACUAUUUCCCGUAAACUCAAAUUCCUCCUCUCUCCUUGCCAAGCCUCGAUUUCGUUCUAG